AUGAACAUUUCAACACCAUCACUCGACCCUCGUGGCUCUGAUCUGGUCAAAAUGUCACCAAGACGUACUUCGUCCACAAGAGAAUUCCCUAAUCCCGUAGCCAUAUUCAACGAAAGGUUCAUAUUCACCACACUCAUAGGCAAAGAGGUCUUGGCUCAUGGCAGAGUACCACAUGCGCAUCCCAUCACAGGAAAAAGCGUCUUGCUAUUCUCGCUGGACGAGGAAAUGCGUUAUACACCUUUUGCGGGUGAUCACGGACCCCUUAAUCUAUCUUUCACAUUCCAAGCUUGUAUACGAAUUCAUGAGAGACUAGAAAAAACCGAAGCAAAAGGGAAACCAUUAUGUCUAUUCACAACAACAGAACCGAAGAAGAAAUCAUGCAUGACAUUGGUUGUCGGUUUAUACUUUCUUAUCGUGGGACGUCAAUCACCUUGGAACGCUUUUCGUCCCAUAGCACCAUUAGAAAUCAUGCCUUUUAGGGACGCUGGUAAUGGUCCUAUGGAUUAUGGUUUGUCAAUACAAGAUAUACUCUACGGUGUAGAUAAAGCGAUGCAGAAUGAUUUAUUGGAUUUGGCAAGUUUCGAUCAGGAGGCUUACCGGUUUUAUGAACACCCAGACAAUGGUGAUCUCAAUGUACUCGGCCCAUUUAUACCUUUCGCCUCUCCGAUGGAUGAUACAUGGAUUCAAGCUAUGACGAAGACAACCACAACAAUUCGAUCUUCUAAAAGGAAACCUAUCACUCCAGCCGAAGUUCUCGAAAAAGUCAAACUCCAAACAAGAGCGAUGGAAUGUGUAGUGAAUGUCUUUUCAAAGGAGCAUGUCGGUCUAGUCGUUAGGUUGAAUGAUGAGCUCUACGAUCGCCGUCAUUUCCUUAAUCUCGGUAUAGACCAUGUCGACAUGUACUUUGAUGAUGGAACCAAUCCAUCUGACGAUAUUGUUAGACAAUUUAUCAAGCUUGCUGAAGAUACGAUAGAAGGGAAGGGUCAAAAGGUUGCGGUGCACUGUAAAGCCGGCCUAGGUCGGACUGGUGUUCUAAUUGGAGCAUAUCUCAUUUAUAAAUUUCAAUUCACAGCACAAGAAGCCAUCGGUUACAUGAGGAUUGUCCGACCUGGUAUGGUAGUUGGACCUCAACAGCAUUACAUGGUCAUCAAUCAGAUGAAGUGGGCUGGAUGGGCUGCCCAAGACCAACUUCUCCGAGAUCUCACUGCCGACGCCAGGUUCAGAGACUCUCUAAACCCGCUUGCAACUCCCCCGAUUGAGCUCGACUCACCUCUACCAUCUGUUCAUCAACCUCUGCAAGACUAUCAAAACUUGUGGGGCUUCAACAUACAGGAUGUUUCACUGUUCUCGACCACACAUGAAAGCUAUCCCCGGUCCGGCACUCCCGAAAUCGCAGUCAUGCAGAAAGGAGGCGACGCAGUCGGUCAACCUCGGAAAACGCCUGGUCCACUUAGUCUUCGAGAAAGCCAUCAGAACACUCUCAUCGUAGAGAGGACAGAUCUUGCAAUCGUUCCAGAACCGCCUAGUCCUAUCCUUGUGAUGCGCCCAUCUUCAUCGACUGAAAACAGUAGUGGUUUUGCUCUCAAUUCCCAGAUGACUGUCGCGACAGAAAUCAGCGCUUUAUCGACCUCUUCUGGAUCAGCGAGAGGCACAAAACGCACUGCUGGUCGAUCAGCCAUCCCCACGCUCACAACGUCACCUCCUAGAGUUACUUUAUCAGUGCCAUCAGAAACACUAUCAAGAUCUUCUUCUAUCGCUUCGAUGACCUCGACAAACUCUCAAGAUCAGAAUGAUCGACCACUGAAGAGAAGAUCGCCAACCGGAUCGCCUUUGGCUAGAAACGGACUGUCAUCUCCCCCACCAAGUCGAGAAGGUUCGCCUGCAUCACCUCUAGUAGGAAGAGAGGGAAAGAUGAACAUCGAUGGAGAAACUGAUAUUGAAGAGCCUCCUCUUACGCCUCUGCUUCAACCUGCCAGACUGGCCAAUAAACUACGGAGACGAGUUAUCAGCCCUUCCCUCUCUCCACCAGUCGAUACUCUUUCAACACCACCAACAACUUCCAUCCCACCUCAAAAGACUGCAAUCACUGCUUUAUCGGGAUUAUCCUCUCCUUCUAGAUCAUUACCUAAAAGAAGUUUCCUACCAGUUCGAAGGAACACAAGCAUAAAUGUAGGCAAUCAAUACCUAGAUCCAAAAACCGUCACUUUAGUGAAAGCUCAACCACCUGCCACGCCUUCUAGAAAAGAAAAAGACUUGCGAUCUUCUACUCCGAAAAGAUCAAUCGCUAGUGCGAAAAGAGGAAUCCUGACUCCUCCAAGAAUCACAGAAAUGUGGGGUCAAUUGGCUAAGAUGGGAAGCAGCAGUCCUGCCGAAGCCAAAUCAUUCUCAAAGAUACUGGAUAUCUUAGAUUACUGUGAACCGUCAGCAAGAUACCAACCCGUUUCCUUCCCAUUGACUUAA